UUCAGUUCAGUUCAUCCCCACAAACAUUACUGUCAGCAACAAAAACACUCCACAAAAUUACUCACAUUUCCAAAGUACCAUCUUAUUUUGCCUUAAACAACACAAACAAGCCAUGGGCAAAUUAGAAACUGUCACCACCACCUCUGCUGCCGCCGCCGAUGACUCACAGGAGCUGACCACCAAUUUCAAGCUAGUGGGUUUCAAGAAUUUCAUUCGAACCAAUCCCCGUUCCGAUUUUUUCUCCGUUAAACGUUUCCAUCACAUAGAAUUUUGGUGCGGCGAUGCUACCAAUACGGCUCGCCGUUUCUCUUGGUCUCUCGGGAUGCCAAUUGCAGCUAAAUCCGACCUCUCCACCGGAAACUCCGUUCACGCUUCGUACCUCCUCCGUCCCGUUUCAGGUUCGCUUCAGUUCCUCUUCACUGCUACUUAUUCGCCGUCUAUUUCGACGCCGUCAUCUGCAGCCAUCCCCAGUUUCUCUACUUCCACACACCGCUCUUUUACGACAACUCACGGGCUCGGCGUCCGUGCCGUUGCUUUGGAAGUGGAGAAUGCUUACACGGCGUUCUCCGCGAGUAUUUCACGUGGGGCGAAACCCAUGUUUGAACCUGUGACUAUCGAUGAACGAGUCGCGGUGGCUGAAGUUCACUUAUACGGCGACGUCGUUUUGCGGUUUGUGAGCUAUCUGAAAGAUGCGGACAGCCUCGUUUUCCUCCCAGGUUUCGAGGCCAUGGAGGAAACAGCAUCGUACAAAGAACUGGAUUAUGGGAUUCGCCGGCUGGACCAUGCUGUUGGGAAUGUGCCGGAGCUGGGUCCUGUAGUGGACUAUAUCAAGCGCUUUACGGGGUUUCAUGAAUUCGCCGAGUUCACAGCUGAAGAUGUUGGGACUGCUGAGAGCGGGCUGAACUCUAUGGUCCUGGCAAACAAUGACGAAACAGUGCUGCUUCCGUUGAAUGAGCCGGUUUAUGGAACCAAAAGGAAGAGUCAAAUUCAAACGUAUUUAGAGCACAAUGAAGGGGCAGGAGUGCAACAUUUAGCUUUGGUUACAGAGGAUAUAUUUAAAACAUUGACUGAAAUGAGGAAAAGGAGUGGGGUUGGGGGUUUUGAAUUCAUGCCUUCACCUCCGCCUACUUAUUAUAAGAAUUUGAAGAAUAGGGCAGGGGAUGUACUGACUGAUGAACAGAUUCAGGCGUGCGAAGAAUUGGGAAUAUUGGUGGAUAGGGAUGACCAGGGGACCCUUUUACAGAUCUUCACCAAGCCUGUGGGGGACAGACCAACUAUAUUUAUAGAAAUAAUUCAGAGAAUCGGUUGCAUGCUCAAAGACGAAAAAGGACAGGUGUAUCAGAAGGGCGGCUGUGGAGGCUUCGGAAAGGGAAACUUUUCAGAGCUCUUUAGAUCCAUAGAGGAAUAUGAGAAGACGCUUGAAGCCAAACAAGCUAAUCAAGUUGCUGCUGCUUGACCAUAUAAGCAUUCGCGUUCUUUUUGCCCCGUCUAAUCUGACAUUGUGGACAAGGGCGUCUUGACUUGGUAUUAGUACGUUAGCUGCUAUUUGACGUCUCUAUUAUUAAUGAAAAAGGCUUCUGUAUAUAAGUUUAUCCGACAUGCUUUUAUGUAAAGAGUCGCUAAAUAAUGGAAGAACCAAAACUCAGGUAUUUUUAGUGUAAGGGGAUGAUUGUACGGGUGGAAGAAGUUUACGAUAUACCAUAAGUUCUUCUCCAGUUCUUGUUUUUUGGUCUC